GGUCGGCGAUGCCGGGUGGAUGGGAACAAACUUCGCAACCAGGAGAGACUCGGGGCCCAGGGCACCCUCGCGGGCGGACCCACGCAGUGAGGGCCUGCGGCCAGCCGGCCAGGGCAGCGACGUGGCGGCGGGCGCGGCAGGGACCUGCGUGAGAAAGCCCUGAGUCCUCGGCGGGCUGCGAGCGACUCCCCGGCGAUGCCUCACAACUCCAUCAGAUCCGGCCACGGAGGGCUGAACCAGCUGGGAGGGGCUUUUGUGAACGGCAGACCCCUGCCAGAAGUGGUGCGUCAACGCAUCGUGGACCUGGCCCACCAGGGCGUGAGACCCUGCGACAUCUCCCGCCAGCUCCGAGUCAGCCAUGGCUGUGUCAGCAAGAUCCUUGGCAGUAGGUACUACGAGACUGGCAGCAUCCGGCCUGGAGUGAUAGGCGGUUCUAAGCCCAAGGUGGCCACCCCCAAGGUGGUGGAGAAGAUUGGAGACUACAAGAGACAGAACCCUACCAUGUUUGCCUGGGAGAUCCGAGACCGGCUCCUGGCUGAAGGCGUCUGCGACAAUGACACUGUGCCCAGCGUCAGCUCCAUCAACAGAAUCAUCCGGACCAAAGUGCAGCAACCAUUCAACCUCCCCAUGGACAGCUGCGUGGCCACCAAGUCCCUGAGCCCAGGACACACACUGAUCCCCAGCUCAGCCGUGACACCCCCAGAGUCCCCCCAGUCGGAUUCUCUGGGCUCCACCUACUCCAUCAAUGGGCUCCUGGGCAUUGCUCAGCCUGGCAGUGACAGCAAGAGGAAAAUGGAUGACAGUGACCAGGACAGCUGCCGGCUGAGCAUCGACUCCCAGAGCAGCAGCAGCGGGCCCCGCAAGCACCUUCGCACUGACACCUUCAGCCAGCACCACCUCGAACCACUCGAGUGCCCGUUCGAGCGGCAGCCCUACCCGGAGGCCUACACCUCCCCUGGCCACACCAAAGGCGAGCAGGGCCUGUACCCACUGCCCUUGCUCAACAGCGCCCUGGACGACGGGAAGACCACCCUGACCCCUUCCAAUACACCCCUGGGGCGCAACCUUUCUACUCACCAGACCUACCCCGUGGUGGCAGAUCCUCAUUCACCCUUCGCCAUAAAGCAGGAAACCCCCGAGGUGUCCAGUUCUAGCUCCACCCCUUCCUCUUUAUCUAGCUCCGCCUUUUUGGAUCUGCAGCAAGUCGGCUCCGGGGUCCCAGCCGGUGCCUCGGUCCCGCCCUUCAAUGCCUUUCCCCAUGCUGCCUCCGUGUACGGGCAGUUCACGGGCCAGGCCCUCCUCUCAGGGCGAGAGAUGGUGGGGCCCACGCUGCCCGGAUACCCACCCCACAUCCCCACCAGCGGACAGGGCAGUUAUGCCUCUUCUGCCAUCGCAGGCAUGGUGGCAGGAAGUGAAUACUCUGGCAAUGCCUACGGCCACACCCCCUACUCCUCCUACAGCGAGGCCUGGCGCUUCCCCAACUCCAGCUUGCUGAGUUCCCCGUAUUAUUACAGCUCCACAUCAAGGCCAAGCGCGCCACCCACCACUGCCACGGCCUUUGACCAUCUGUAGUUGCCAUGGGGACAGUGGGAGCGACUGAGCAGCAGGAGGACUCAGCCUGGGACAGGCCCCAGAGAGUCACACAAAGGAAUCUUUAUUUAUUACAUGAAAAAUAACCACAAGUCCAGCAUUGAGGUUCACUCCCUGUGUGGUUGAUUUAACGAACCAUGAAAGACAGGAUGACUUUGGAGAAGGCCAAACUGUCCUCCAAGACUCCUUAAUGCAGGGCAGAAGUCCCAGGGAGAGGGCCGUCCCAUUCCAAAAGACACAGAACUGGAGGAGAUACAUGGAGAGAAGAGAAACAGCCGAGGAGCUUGAGAGAGAUGGCGCACGGGUCCCAUGAUGGGCUUACGGGCACACAAAGGCCCCUUUGUGGCUCUGUCAUCAACAUGCUGUAGAGUGGGCUGUACAAACUACCAUGCAACCCAUGAGCCACAGCAGGGUGUGAAGCCACUACCCCACAGCCACCCUGAGAGUCACCUCCCUCCUGCCCCCGAGCUGAGGCUCUGGCUGGCCAGCUUCUCGACUCAAGCUUGCUUGGCUCUUGCUGCACCUCCUUCCUGGCCACGGGCUGAGGGCUGAGUCGAGUCAACCAGAAGCUCCACCUGGUGGUCAGUGGACCUGCCUUUUGCCUGCUGCCGUGAAUGUACAAGCACACCUCUGGUUCUCCUCCCAUGGAGCAUCCCUCUGGCAGCUGCCGACAGCCAGACCAGCCUAUUACAGCUUGAGACAGAUGUUCCGAGGGUCCCCGGCUCCUGGGAGCUGAGGUGCAGCCCUGGCCUGGGCAGAUCCCGGCAGAAUUGCUGGAGACCCGCUUCCCUCUCCCCACGGCCCCUCCCAAGCCAAGUGUGCUUCCUGCAGCCCAAGCCCACGGCAACCCCCAGAAGCCAGCAACGGAGAGUCCCUUCCUGGCCCCCACAGCUCCUGCCCCCAAGGCCUGCCUGUAAAUACUGUAAAUGAAGCUCUGUUUGGGUCAAGCUUCCCUCUUUCCACCCCUAGACUUUGGCUUCUCAGUGAAUUGUCUCCCUGCCAUGUUGGGCUUCUUUCCUGAUGCUUCUUUCUUUUUUUUAAAGACAGGCCACCAUUGCCACAUGACUCAAUAAACCAUUACUCUUUGUCUCAGGCUUUGGGGUUAGCUGGGGAAGGAAGCACCCCUGGAUGGGGCUCUCUCCAGAGAACCUCCGAGCCCAGUGGCCAAUGAGCUUACUUUGGGGCCAGGAGUUAUAGGACCAUCUGCUGCCCGGGAGUCCGACGAAGCAUUUGCUUUCUGCCCUUAAUAGAUAUUUGACGCUGGGCAAACCACUUAUCCCAAGCUUAGGUUUCUCCAACUCUGAGUAAAUGUGAGGAUAAAACAAGCACGUGGCAUGGUGCAGGCUGAUCAUAGACUCCUGGCAAGUAGUUGCUAUUGUUAUUAACCAGAAGCCAGAGAAUCAUGGGGAGGGUUGGUGAAAGAUCCAGGAAGAGCUAUAACUGGAGCCCACAUAAACAGCUCUUGUGACGCCCUUGGUGUGAAGGGAGAAGACGUUUACAGUGCUCUACUGUGUGCCGGGUGCGGUCUGGAGGGCCUCACAUAAAUUAAGUUGUGACUGGCUCCAUUUUACACAUGGGGAAACUGAGGCUCAGAAAUAAUGAAAUAACUUACCCAAGGUAGAAAGUGGUAGGUUCUAUCAAGUCCUCUUACCUUAAGUCCAGCACUUUCACCCAACACCACAGGGCCCUCAUCAAGGAUGCCAGAGGGUUCUAGACCCAAGGGAGGUUCUGGGGCUGCCACUCCAGGUCUAAUUUCCUUUGGUUUGGUUCUAAAGAUUUGGCAAGAGUGAGCAAUAGAGAGGCAUGGUGUGGCAGGGCCAGGAUGGGGUGAGGGAGCCUGUAGGGACUUAGGACACUCCCCUUGUAAGCAAUUUUAGCGAACGAGGUGGGAAAUACAACAGUGACUGCAGGGGCUCUGCCCCCAACAGAGUUCUUGGCCUGCCAGGGGCUGUCUGGUGUCUGCAUGGACCCUCUCCAUGUGGGACCCCACAGGAUCAAGGGGCAGGGCUCUGUACUUGGAUGCCCAGGUGGAUGUUGACAGCUGGGCAGACAACAACUGGGGUUGAGUCAGAAGGAAGAGAGGAUUCCUCACCCCACCCAGGGACUUCAAGGCUGGGUGGACAGAGGCUGAGAGAUGGUGCUCUUACCUCCCUGGUCCUCCCAAAGGAGAGGCCAGGGAUGCUUGCUGAGUAUGGCUGAGAAGAGUGGAGCCGUGGAGGGACCUUCCCACAGAGAAAACCAGUCUCCAUCUCUUCUGAGAGGAUCUGAGAUGAGGCUCAUUUUUCAAUAACAGGACUUUCCUUUAGCUACAAGAAUGUCGACAGGCAUGAAUCCAAGCUUCCUCAUGAUCCCAAACCUCUGGGUUCCUGAGUGCCCUAAGACAACCCCCCCAACCUGGUUCUGGGGCUACAGUAAACCCCCCACCAAGAAUCACUUGGAGAUGCAUAGCACCCCAGGGAGUCUGCAAAGCAAUCCUUUGCAUUCACAGGGCAAACCCUCUCUGGGAACACUGGGUGCGCCUGGCAGGCCCUCUCCAACCCCUGAAUGACAAAGGGACUUGGGCUGUGCUUUUGGCACAUGGCAAAGCAUGCUUUUUGAACAUGGCAGGCAGCCAUGGUUCAGAACUCCCUUUCUCUGAGGUGAGCUGAGCAUCCCAAGACACUGCUCAGAGCGGCUGUUGGUGAGUGUGUGGUGUGGCCCGAGUGCAGCAGGUCCUGGCCAGAUAGCCGUCCCUGGUCAAAUCACAUGUACCCCUCUGGAGCUCGGAAAAUACAGUCAUCUAUGUACUGGGGGUGAGAGGCAAUUUGAGGUGCCCCAGCAUUAGGGGUGGUACUGGGAGAAGUCAGGGUGGCACAUGAGGGGGACACGAUACAGAAGGGGUAUAAGGAAGACACGUGGGAAUGUGGGAGGCAUCUGUGGGUGGCUGUGCAUGAAGCAGGGCUGGUUUACUGUGGAGCAGAGUUGGGGGCCUGGUUUCUCUGAAGACAUGUGGGAGGAGUGUGUGUUGGCAGCAGAAUUUGGAAUAUGGGCAUGGGCCUGAGGCAUUCCCAAGGCAGGGAGGGCCCAGCCUCACCCACCCGCCCGUGGAACACUGGAACAAUGCUUUUCACUGCCUGUGCGGAGAGACCUUCUCAGCUUUCCAGGCCACUCACCCUUCCUCUUCCAGUCCCCACGCCCUCCUAGCGCUGGCCAGGCCAACCCACGGUGUCUGGAGCUCACAGAGGUCCACGUGGGCCAGGCAGCCCCUGCAUGACAGCAGUUUCCUACUGGGACACAGAGCAUCUCGAACCUGGCCCAGGCCCACCAGAUAGGGCAGAACCAGUCUUUCUUAGGUGGGCUGGAGCUGCUGUGACUCUCCGGCCCCUACCCCACAGCCUGCAGGGGUGGGGACAAGGGGCAACCGGGAGUUCCGCCUCCAAGGCCUGGCCCCAGGGUGGUUCCAACCCCGCCCCUCACUUCUCAGAUAUCCUUCCCUUGCCUUGCCCUGUGAGGAGUUACUAAAGAAUAUGUAUUUUUCCGCCCUUCAUGUGCCAGGCACACACUCAACCCUCACAGCAAGCUCACGCGAGAGGAGUUAGCAGCCACAGUCCACAAAUGGGGAAAUAGGAGGCCAGAGAAGUUGAGGCGAUCGCUAAGGUUUCCCUUCUCUUGCCUGUCCCCAUCGUCCUGCUUCUCUCUCCAAAAAACACACGCUUUUCCCACGUGUAUCAGCUGAAGUCUUUAGGUGAUUCCUGAUGUCCUUGUCUCUGGGACUGAGUGCAGGAGGAGGGGCCAGAGACCUCCGGGCCUGAGCUCCAGGGGCAGAGGGGCGCCAGUGGGGAUUGGGGCUCCCUCGUGGCCCUCCUUCACCCCCUACUUAACUGCCUCCCCUGCCCUCCCUUCUCCUCAGAAGUUAUAAUAACCCUUCACAUAGGCUCAGUUUCUUUCUUUAUGAAGCUCAGUCACAGCCACUUUUCUUUCUGAUUCUGAAUGUUGGCCCUGUUUUGCACCUGGGGAAACUGAGAGCGACAGAUGACUUUUUCAAGGUCAUUCAGAGGAGCUGGGACCACAGCCUGACCCCUAAUCUGAGGCCUGAAAUAUCUGAAGGUGACCAGGCUUCUGCAGAGACCUCAAGCGCCCAUCAUUCUGGCAGGGGAACAGAGUUACGUGGCCACCAGGUCACUGCCACACACUCCCAACUUGGCGAAUAGUCCUGGAUGAGAGGCCCAGAUGUCAGCCUGCAGGUGGAGAAGGAGCAGUGGGGCCGGGCCCAGGAGUGCUGGGUUGGUCCCUGUCCCUAAGCCUCCCCUCAGGCUACCCCUUGGCAGCCUCUCUCCCAUCUUUGGGGUCAUAAGGCAUUUCUAUCUGAAAGGGAGCUGAAUAUUCCCCUGCCCCCUCUCCCCCGUUUGUGUCACCCACCGGGAGUGCCCGAGCCCAGGUGACCACGAGCUCUGGUGUUUCUGGUGAAAGCACCAUCCCACAAAGGCCACUUCCUCACUCUCCCCUCUUUCUCCUUCCUUUUUUCACCUCUUUUAGUUUCUCAUUCCAGCCCCUCUUCUGCUGAGUCCGAAGCAAUCAUUCCUUUCGCCAGCCACCAUUUCAGAGACCUUCGUGUCUCCAACGGGUGGAUGCGUGAAAGAGGAAGUGAACAUUUGGGAAGGGCCUAAGGGUCCUGCGUUGUGCUCAGGAAAAGCCCCGAAGCACCUCUCCUUCCUCUCUCCAUCUCCUUCCCUUUUGGCUUCUUGCUCUCGUUACUUUCCUCUCUUCCUCUGGCUCUUUGGGGGACUCGGGACACCGACACUGAGGGGGUUAUCUCCUGCUGGCAGAUGCCCAUCCCCACCACUCCCUCCUCACACCGCCCUCACUUCCACCAUCACCCCCACCUCCACAUCUCUAAGCCCCUCAAACAGAACCAGGUGCCUGGCUUCCUGGAAGAAUCUGAAAGAGGCAGGCAAGGCCAGUCUCCGGCGGGUCCCCUCCAGGUCAGCCUCGUCCCCCGGACCACGUCCUUUCUCCUACUCUUUCGAGGCAGCAAAGGCUAAGACCCAGCUGUAGAGAGGCUGCUGGCGAUUUGGGGCAGGGCGGCAUGGCGGGAAGGGGGGCUUUGGGGAGGGGGGCAGCCAGGGCCCAGCUCCUCCGCAUCUGUGCCCGGUGGCAGCCGGCCAGGCUGGGGAGCAAAGCGCUGCCUGCAGCUCUGCCAGGGAAAUGUGAUUUCCCCUUGAGUGAAGCGGACUGUGCAGUGUGGAAAUUGGCUCUUUUCUGAGUGCGCGGUGGCUGUUCUGGAGUCGGGGCGGGCUGGGCCCGCGGGAGGCCGCGCUGGCCCCUGGAGUGAGCCGGGAGCAGCCAUGUGCUGAGAACUCAUUAGGGAUAAAUCAAACCAGUGCCAGCACGAAGCCAGCACCCUCCCCCACCCCGUACCUCCCUCCCGCCACCCUGAGACCCCCCCACUCCCCCUCCUCCUCCCCCGCCAUGUCAGGGAGCCCAAGCCCACACGCGUGCCCACAAUCACACACAUGCGGCCCCAACUCCAGGAGCCGGCCUGGAAUGAGAGACGUGUUCAUUUACGAAUAAAUUUUUGUUUCUUUG